UUUCAUCACUGCUGCUACUAUUUAUUUUCUUAAUUUCCCAGUCAUAAAGCAAAAACCCAGAAAGAAAGAAGUCGCAAGAUAGUCGCUACACGGCCAUAUGAUCAGAGAGACUAAUAAAGAUCAAAACUUUGAUCCAACUCCAACCUUAUUCUCCACUCAAUUUCUCUUGCUUCUUUGUUCGAUCCGUUAAACCCUUGUAAGAUCCCUCUGAAAUUUCCUCAGAAAGUUUCAUUUCAAAGAUCAAAAUCGAAUCUUUCGUCUGAUUUUUUCUCCAUUUCGUUGUAUCAUAUCUACUGCGUAAUUUCCUCUCCGGUAAUAUCGUGGAAUCUCUAAUCUUGCACGCUAACACCUGCCCACUGUUCUUAUCUUCUAUUUCCAGAAACAUUGAAGUUUGAAGCUUGGUGAAUUUUCAGAAUCUGGAAAGGUGAGGACUUGGUUGGAGCAAUUGAUCACGCCCUGAAAGUGUUUGAUAAAAUGGCUCACUCAAUUGGUCCAAGACUGUAUAGUUGCUGCAACUGCAGAAACCAUGUUGGACUUCACGAUGAUAUCAUCUCUAAGGCUUUUCAGGGAAGAACUGGGCGAGCCUUUUUGUUCUCCCACGCAAUGAAUAUUGUGGUAGGGCCUAAAGAAGACCGGCAUCUUCUAACAGGUCUACACACAGUGGCUGAUAUAUCUUGUGCUGACUGUAAUGAACCGUUGGGUUGGAAAUACGAGCGAGCUUAUGAGACCUCACAGAAGUACAAGGAGGGCAAGUUCAUAUUCGAAAAGGCUAAGAUUGUCAAGGAGGAUUGGUAGAGCUGAGGAACAUGUUUGAAUUCAUUAUUGGAUUGGCUCAAAAACUGUACAUAGAUAAAAUUUGGCUUUGUCAAUUCCGAUCUUGUGGGAUUUCACAAGUCCAUCAUCAGCCAUUUUUCCAGUUCUUCAUUGUCCCUCUCUAUGUGUUAAUUAUAUGUCGUCUCUUGUGUUCAAACUAUGGAUUUGUUCGUACAAAGUUUCUCUGUUAAUAAAGAUGCUAAUAGUUUCUCUC